AUCCAACCUCAGGAGCCGGUUCCUCUCAUGCAGAAUUUGAGGCAUGCUAGCUUUCACAAUAUUAGAGAACAAUGCGACCUCACUUGGACAAUGCUCAUUUUGAAAUCUGCACCCCACUUGAAGACUCUUGGUGUUACGGUAUCGGACCAUAGCUGUGGUGACACCGACCCAGUGGACGCUGAGACCAUAAGGCAAUCAUUUUCCCAAGAAGAUAUUAUACAGUGGCAACCUUCUGAUUUCAAGCAUUGCGACUUGUCUAUGCUCGUCAUUCAAGGUUUUCAAGUCCAAGAAAAAUUCAUGAAGUACAUAAAACGUCUCAUGAAAGUGGCAACAAAUUUGGAAGAGAUGUGUUUGUUACGCGAUGAAUGCAAGAACUGUGGAUUUUACUGAUCUGGAGGAUAUCCGCGGACAGAUAAGGAGAGGGACUCAACGAGAAGACAGAUCAACCACGGAAGAUGCGCCCCGAUCAAAGUGACUUUUUGAUCAUAUACGUUUUGUGUAGCUUUUUUUUUUUGCAAAUGCAUGUUAAAUGAGAACCAUACAUGGGAGGGCCCUUUUGGCUCUUGGGUGCA